AUGUCUGAUUCUGUGAAGACAGAUGGCACUGCCAGUGUGAGCCAUGUGUCGACUAGGCAUGAUGAGCAAGACGCGAUCACCAACUGGGGUGUCCUUAUUGGUAAAGCACUGUGGUGUCGCAUGAAAGGGCCAGGACAGCAGGGUCAGCGUCGAAAGCUGGGCCUUCUGGCAGUAGCCUUCCACAGCAGUACUUACUUGAACCGAAUCACCAGUAUUUCAAAGGAUCCUCGGACACCCGUGCGAGCUGUAGGGCGUGGUGUGCUGCGCCGAGCAGCCACAGUUGUCAGCCAGCUGCAGGAGAUGGUCAAGCGAGUCGGGAAGGAGGACCAAGACGUCCUGGACUGUCAGUGGCAGGAAGACACACUGAACUUCCUGUUCAGUGACCCGGCAAAAGGUGACGUACAUGGUCAGCUUCGGGACAUGCUGCUCCUUUUCCAUGCCUACGGAUGUCCUGGCAACCACCAGCACUUCGUGUUCAAUGGAGACUUUGUUGAUCGAGGAGCCCACCAGCUUGAGGUGGUUGGCGUCCUUUUUGCCUUGAAGUUGACCUUCCCAUCCCACGUGUGGCUUGUGCGCGGGAAUCACGAGGAUACGCUUAUGAACCGCAAGUAUGGUUUUGAGGAGGAAUGCCUGGAGAGCUUGGGCUCUGCAAACGGACCCAAGACUUUCGACUUGUUCCAAAAGGCCUUUGAGUGGCUUCCGCUGGCUUGCCUCAUAGACGACCAGAUCUUGACUGUUCACGGCGGGAUUGGAGAUGGUAAGUGGACCAUAGCCGAGCUCUCUUGCGUGGAAAGGCCUCUGAACUCCGAAGAUUUUCACAUGCCCGAGCGGAGAUGGCUCUACAACAUCCUCUGGUCAGACCCGAUCGCAGAAGACGAGAAUCUCCAGGAGUCUGGAAUGGUCUUUGGCGUGCAUAGCUCACCGCGGAACGCCUCGGCAGUGAAAUUUGGCUGGAAUGUAACCAAAACAUUCUGUGCCCUGAACGGUAUUGGCCUGGUCGUUCGAAGCCAUCAGUGCUCGGAGCGUGGCCGCGGUUUUGAGGUGAUGCACGACGAAAAGCUAAUGAGAGUAUUCUCUGCACGGGAUUACGAGGAGCAUCGCAAUGAUGCCGCAGUGCUGUCCAUUGAGCGCCGAGGCAAUGAUGACUGCAGAUCACCGCUGACUGUGCGUGCGCAGGUGUUGAAGUCUUUGGAACAUGUUCGUGCCAGCAACGGAAUGGAAUGGCUUAGAGGAUUGCAGGGGCAGCUCCUCCUGCACGGAAGAGAUCUUCAGACGUUAACGGCUGACUUCACCGAGCUUCGACUUCUUUGCUUGCACGCUCUCUCGGCGGGCGAGCAGGCUGUGCGGAGGCAACUCCGGGCGGAUCAGGAGGAUCCAGAAAGCAAGCACGCCCAGGCAUCCGUGACUAGACGUGUGCACUCGGCGAAGGCGGUGUGGGAAAGAGAGAAGGAGUACAACGACCUCGCCUCCAUCCUCAGGAGUUUGGAAAGUCCCUACCGGGAGUUCUUCAUCCGCGCGCCCUUGGCCGGGCGAACAGAGCUCAUCGAGCAGUUCUUUGAGACCUACUGGCUGAUUCGCUUCGGCCAGCCGGUCGUGCGAGACCGGGACCCACCGCCAAGCUGGAAUGGAGAAAAGCCGGAGACGACUUGGAAGGUCUUUCUCAGGGACCUCGAGCUCUGGGAGGCUGUUACAGACCUUCCAAAGGCAAAGCGAGGCGUGAAGCUAGUUCAAGCUCUUUCCGGGGCAGCCAAGGAGGCAGUGCAGUCCAUCACCGUCAGCGACCUCAUCGCGGAAGACGGCUUGAAGAAGGUGACGAAGGCUUUGAGUGAUGCCUUCGCCCCCUACCAAGAGACGGCGCUGCCCAGGGCCAUGGAGACAGCAUCUAUGGCCCAGUCGGUGCUCAAGAGUGAGGGCGUGAACCUUCCGGUUAAGGCUUCAGGCUACCUCUUGUAUCGCCAGGUUAACUUGGAUAAAGAGUCGGACGCAAAGCUGACUACUUGGCUCCAGGGUGACUACUCCUUGGACACCGUCCUUUCGAACCUUCGCAGGCUUGACCGCGUCACCACAGAGGGCAAGAAGGGCGUUUUCUUCGAGGAGGCGGAGCUCGACGACGGGCCGGAGGAGGAGGGCGAUGUCAUCGACGAAGACGACCUGAUAGAUGUCUUGGCGAAUUACCAGGACGUGCGCAAUGCUCUCAGGCAGAGUCGGAACGCUCGCGGCUUCUACCCUCCAACGAGUCCAGGCUUCAAGGGCAAGAAGGGCCAGUCAAAAGGCAGUUCGUUUGGGCCGACUCAGCCGGGCAAGGGCAAGGCCAAGGGCAAGCAGAUGGGCAAGAGCAAGGGCAUCACGAUACAAGAGUUGAAACUCCGUACUCGGCUGUCAAGCUCUUCGGCGAGUUCGUCUUCUGCUCCUACCGCGGCUUCUGCUCAGGGCACUUCUUUCUACUGGGCUGGCGGAAAUGCCGGGCCAGCAGCUGAGUUUUUCACCGAGAGCGGCUCCGAUGCAAAAGUGUCCUUUCUUACGUCAGACCAUAGGGAUGCAGAGGUUCCUUUUGUGGGCGUCGUUACCUCCAGUGCAGAAGCCAUAGUAGAUACAGCAGCGCAAGAUGGUCUCAUCGGACGUCCUGCUCUUCUCCGUCUUUUCGAAGCUCUCCGGAAGUUCGGGCUAAAAGGGCGGUGGACAGGCGAGGCUUCGGAAGCGAGGGGUAUCGGUGGUGUUGCGAAAACCGGCCAGUGGGCAUUGGCGAACGUGGAUCUCAGCGAAAAUCGUCUGCAUCUUCGAGCGAUAAACACCGACUGCGUCAUGAACGUUCUCCCGUCUGGUCACCCCACAGUCAGUGUCCUUGACUUCGGUCGCAACCCACCACGCGCCCGCGCGCAUUGGCGCGCGUUGUUGGACAAGGUUUGGUGUGUGCUUCAAUGGGCGCACUGCCAGUCUGUGAUGGGCCAGUGGCUUCAGCUUCCUGCGCCCGAGCCCUCGACUUCGGCGACCUCUACCACGGCAAGUUCCUCGAGGACACCGGUGCAGGUGGCGGCCACGGACAAAGGGCAGGCGUACCGCAACUACUUGGAGAACAAGAAGCCCAGCGCCAUGGCUCCGGUGAAGGGAGUGACGGCUGCCAUCAUGAUGGGGAGGCCCCUCGACGAGGAGCAGGCCCCAGUGAAGGCACCCCAGGCCAAGACAGCCACGACAUCGCCGGCAAGUUUGUCCCACGAUCUCCUGCAGCAACUGGCGGAGGCCAGGUCGCUGAACGAGGACCUGCAAGCUCAGCUGGACAUGUCGGCGGGGAACUUCUUGGAGUUCGAAAGGGCUGAGGAGAACCUGACCAUGCUGGAGACGAACCUCGGCGACUUUCUAUGUCAGGCAGAACAGGAGCGACUGGGAAAAGGCGGCAAGCAAUCUGAAGGCAGCAGCGGUGGAGCUGAACAAUUACCAGGCCAUGCUGGUGGCCCAGCGGAACCAAGUCUCCAGGAACCAGGCGGCAGCGGCGGCGAACCAGAUGUGAAGGAUGAGCUCGAGGGCAAGCUCGACGGUGGACGUCUCCUUCGGCGAGAUCGAUACGACCUCGCCAAUGAACCGACGAUUCCCCUGAAGGCCUACAUCGUGCUGAGGGAACCGGAUCUGUUCAUUGGGGCCGAGUUCCUGGAGGACUACCACCAGGACGACUCGGAGGUGACCGCCAAGGCAUUCCACAAUUACAUGAUCGAUGGUGCUGCUCCCUUAGCUAAGCUCCGACUGCGCUUGAAUGACAUGUCAGAGUUUGACGCCUGGAAAGCUAUCGAGAUGAAGCGACCAGGCCACUUGAUCAUCGAGGUCGGCAACAUCGAGAAUAACCUCGAGACGGCCUUUCGACUGGCGCGAGAUCAGCGUAGAAAAGGCGGGAGCUAUGUCAUGUGUGUGGAUCCGCGCCGGAGAGACCAAGUCAAGAGGCACCCUGCCUGUCUGUACGCCAUGGAGCACCACGAUGCGAAGUACGACUCCGUCAGUGGUGCCGACGCCAUUCGAGGGUGCAAAAGGACGGCUCCGGACACCUCCGACAAGGCAAGCUCGUACCCUGUCGAGAUAGAAUCGCCCGAGAAUGCCGAGAACCAGGAGCCACAGGGCGAAGAUGAAAUGCAAGUUCACGAGCCGACUGCUCGGGAGAAGGAAGCCAUCGAGAAGUUGCACCGCAACCUCGGGCACCCCAGCAACAAGGAGCUCUCACGUGUGCUGUCUUUGUCGAGGGCGAGUCCGCACCUUGUACGCUGGGCAGCUCAGGGGCACCACUGCCCCAACUGUGCGGCACAUGGCGCGCCAAAGGCGGUGCGCCCUUCGAUGAUACCAAGGACCGAACGUCACGGAGCUCUUUUCAAAGCAACUUUCCAGAAAGCGGAAAUGGAGCGCCUGCUGACUGCUAGGCGCGCGGCUCAGAAGGCCUUUGUGGAGAUCAACACCUCUGAGGCAGUCAAAGUUGCUCUUCGAAGCAGGUCUCGCGUCCAAAGGAGGUUUUCCCCUGGCGAAGUGGUCUUCGUUUGGCGCUCCUGGAAAGAGAAGGGCGUACUCAAACCUUCGUGGGUUGGUCCCGCGGUUGUCCUCAUGCCGGAAGGUGCCAAUGCUUAUGUGAACAUGCAGGGGCGCCUGUGGAAGGUGUGCAAUGAGCAUCUCCGAGCCGGCACCUCAGACGAGAUCCGUGGAUCCAGAAUCAUAGAGGAUCAUACUAGGGACCCUCUUCCUGAACGAGACGGGCCGGCUGAACCUCCAGAGCAAGUUCCAGGUGAAACGGACCAAGAAGGCAUCGCCAGAGGACUUCCUCGACCGCGGCUUGAGGAAGCAGAGACGCCGGUGAUUCUUCCGCCGGUGGUGGUGGACAUCGAGCCUGCCCCUGAGAUUCCGGACACUCCUGUUCCAGCUCAACCACAAGCGACUUUGGGCCCAGAGCAGGCCACGAGAGAGAGGCAGCAAACAGAAAGCACCAACGAGCCGGAGGUGGAAGCAGCGCCACAUCUUUCUGACAUCAUGCCCGGAGGACGUGAUCGAACUGAAGGCGAGCUUCGGGAGGAAAGACUGAGAGCAGGCGUGGCGGCAGCGAACGCCAACGCCAACCUAGAUGGCGUGCCCUUGAGCCGGACAAGAGGCUCAGCAGGUUCAGCUUUUGGACCUCAGCGACCACGUUUGGAGGACCGGACGGUCACACCGUACCGCAGGCUGCCGCUGGACGACAACGGCGUCAACCAGUACUUGACCGAGGCCGAGUUCUUCGAGGGCGAGCUCGACAGCAAGGUCGUUCCUCCAGAAGCCAGUGAACGAGAAGCGGCGCGACAUCGUGACCGUUGGGAGGUCAUUGCAGAAAAAGGUGUUCUCAGGAGACAUCAUGUCAAGUGGCGGCUGCGCACGUUUUCGCCUUGGGAAACGCCAAAGGUGCCGGUGGAACUUAAGGCUUUGUCGUCUUCCAGAAAAACAGUCAUGGUCUUCAAAGACGGCGACCGCGACGUGGCCGAGGACGACUGGAGGAGCCUCAAGCCAAAGUCGAAGCAAAGAGCAAAGUGGAAAGGCUACACGGACGUCUAUGCCCCCGCUUCUGUCCCGAGUGCGGUUAAUGACGGCACCUACGGCAACUACAUCGGCUACCACGGCGAGGCAAAUUACAGCUUCCUGGCGGUCGACAAUGACAUCUUCCUCGGCAAGAAAAUGGGCUCAGACGAGGUCUCGGAACGAGACAUACUUCCUCACGAAUGGCCCGGCUGGCAGCAAGCUGACGCCGAGGAGUGGAGCAAAAUCUCGGCCAGCCCUGCGGUGAGGGUCUUGUCCGUGAAGGAGUCACGGGAGACCAGAGCUAGACUGGCGGCGGAAGGCAAAGAGGACAGAAUCUUGAAAAGCAGAAUAGUUCGCCGAAUGAAACCGGGCGAGCAGCCUGGAGAAGAGGCUACCAAGAAAUCGCGCUGGUGCGUGCGUGGUGAUCUUGACCCGGAUGCGGUGCACCUCGCCAGCUACUCUCCUACGGUGUCUACGCAAAACGUUCAGGUCAUCCUCCAACUGGCUUCCUCGCUUCGCAUGGAAGGCUCUUGCGGGGAUCUUAAAGCAGCGUUUAUGCAAUCGGAACCCCUGAAGCGGGAGAGAGGCGAGCUCUUCGUGAUGCCACCGACUGGUGGGCUGCCAGGGCUUGAGGAAGAGCAGCUGGUUCAAAUAGUCAGUGGAGUUUAUGGGUUGAUAGAUGCGCCAUUGCAUUGGCGGCGCACUUUGACCACGUACCUCCGAGACGAGCUCAAGUACCAGCAAAGCAGGUUGGACCCAACCAUCUUCUUCCUGCACGCCAACGGCCGUCUGGAAGGGAUCAUUAUCAUCGAGAUAGACGACCUGCUGUGCUUCGGAUAUGACCUCCAUGACAAGCAGCUGAGCAAGCUUCGCGAGAGGUUUAAGUUCGGCAAGUUCAAGAAGCUUCAAGAACUUGCAGACGGGACUUCCUUCAACGGAAGGCGGAUUCAACAAGACAAGGACUACAACAUCCGCGUCGACAUGUCGAAGUUUGUCAGAGAACGGCUAUCCGAGGUCCACUUGGAGAAGGGGCGAAAGUCUACGCCUGAUGCCGAGGCUCUCCCAGAGGAGAUAAAGAAGGUCAGGGCCGCGAUUGGAUCGUUGGCUUGGUGUGCUAAGGAAGUCAGGCCAGACGCUUCCGCAGGGGCAAGCAUUCUAGCGUCAAAGAUGACCAAGAUGAAGAUCCGCGACAUCGUUGCCUUGAACCGGGUGAUCUCGCAGGUGAGAGCAAAGCCGGACCUCACACUGAUCUACCACUCCAUCCCGUAUGAGGACCUGAGGUUUGGCGUGGCAACGGACGCGUCCUGGGACAACUACAGUGAUGGCAGCUUUCAGGGAGCGGUAGGUGUGCUGGCUUACCACAAAAGCCUGCUGGAAGGCGAGACUGCAAGGUGCUCGCUGCUGUGGUGGAGUGGGAAACUUCGUCGCAAGGUUCCCUCGACGCUGGCGGCCGAGACGCAGUCCUUGAACCGUGGGCUGGGUGAGCUAAUGUGGACUAAGGCCAUAGUUCAGCACCUCGUCGACCCCUCCUUCGAGCUCCAGGAGUACUACAACCAGGUGAAGCACCAAGCAGACCUGGUACUUCAACGAGGAGAUGGAGACAAAACCCUGCGGGAGUCUCUGAGCAUCAUAGAUGCUAAGAGCGUCUACGACAACGUCACCAAAGAGGGGGCGAUAGCGCAGGACAAGUACACCGCUCUGGAGGUUGCAAUAGUGCGAGAAAGGGCGGACGGCCUGGGAGUUCAGGUGAGAUGGGUCGAGCACCAGUCCAUGAUCGUGGACGCAUUGACGAAGGUGAACGGAAACCCAAGCGCCCUGUACAAGCUGCUUGACUCAGGAUGCUAUAGGAUCGUGGCCGAAGAAGAGCUCUUGGAUGAGAGAGCAGUUUUGCGGCAAGAGGGCCCUUGCAGCUUCCUUGGCGGUCCUGGCAUUGGCUGCGAGGAUGCUGCGCAGACCGCUGCUGGACUGCGAACGCUGACACAGUCGCUUCACAGUGACAUCAGCUACGCGGAGGUCUGCUCGCUAGGCCACGGUUGUCGCUUGCUUGAAGGUCCUUCAGAGUCCUCACGCGCCAGUGGCUAUGUCGCGCCUGGUGCAUCUACAGGUGCACCGCCAAGCACAGCAGGUGGCGUGGAUACGGCUUUGAUACGUCGAAGCUGGCUCCGUGAUCGUCUUCCGGGCUUGCCAGCUGCUCUGGAGGUGAGGUCGGAGAAGCAGCCAGCACUUUCCGCUAGCAGUGUCGUCGCAUGGUGA